ACUGCGCGUGCGCGAACCGAUGAGGGGGGCGGGUUUGUUUAGCAUGACCAAUUGUUUUGUUUUCUUUGCUUCACAAACGGGUCAGAUGAGCUAACACGGACACCGACGACGGCAGACGCUUGUCAGUGACCUUGUACCAGCCUACAAGAAGACACAUCCAUGGGGAACACGAGCAGCGAGAGGGCUGCCAUGGGCCACGGGGAGAAGGCUCAGCGGAGGGACAGCCGAGGUAGCAAGGAGGGAGGCGGGCCUAAAAUCCUGAUGGACAGCCCCGAGGACGCAGAUAUCUUUCACGGCGAGGACAUGAAGGCUCCUCUGGAGAAAGAGGAGUUCCUCGCGUGGCAGCAAGACUUGGACGUAGAUGACAAAGUGCCAACGCUGGACCGACCAACCGUCUUUCGCUGGACCGGGGAUGGCAAGGAGGUCUACCUCUCCGGAUCCUUCAACAACUGGGUCAACAAGAUUCCUCUCAUACGAAGUCAGAACACCUUUGUGGCCAUUGUUGACCUGCCAGAAGGGGAGCACCAGUACAAGUUCUACGUGGACGGCCAGUGGACCCACGACCCAGUGGAGCCGGUUGUGACCAGUGAGCUGGGGACGGUCAACAACAUCAUCCAGGUGAGGAAGACGGACUUCGAGGUGUUCGACGCUCUCAUGGUGGACUCGCAGAAAUGCUCUGACAUGUCAGACCUCUCCAGCUCCCCCCCCGGGCCGUAUCAUCAGGACGCAUAUGUUCCUAAACCGGAAGAGAAGUUCAAGUCUCCACCCAUCCUCCCGCCACACCUGCUGCAGGUCAUCCUCAACAAAGACACUGGGAUUUCUUGUGACCCUGCACUCCUCCCAGAACCCAACCACGUCAUGCUCAACCACCUCUACGCUCUUUCCAUUAAGGAUGGAGUGAUGGUGCUCAGCGCGACGCAUCGCUACAAGAAAAAGUACGUCACCACGUUGCUCUACAAGCCCAUCUGAUUGAAGACUUUUGGAAAGUCCGCUCCGAGUGUGUGCGCCUGUACAGCGAGUGUACAAAACAUCAGCGCCACUUGUUCUUUCCGUUACGUUGAGACAGCAGGGGAAUCCUUUCCGGGGGGUUCCUGGAUGGGAAUCCUCGAUUUAAGCAAAGGCUACAAGUAGCUCGGAGAUUCUAUUUUGUACACUCCCUGUGUGUCCAGUUGUUGUGCACCUAACCUGCCUUUUUAUUUGUUCACUGAUUGCCCUCUGCCGGUGUCAGCAACGCUGUCUUUGCUUCGUAGACAUAGAUGGGCAGUAAUAAUGGAGGUUGGACUUUUUGUGACGUAUCUGUGGUCAAUACGAACAUAAAUGGAAGGAGGAGCAGGGCUGGGCCAUGUGGAGGAAAUCCCAAACACCAGAUUUGAGAUCAGUAAUGUGGAUGUAGUACGACUGAGUGAGCAAGGGCAACCUUUAUAAUGUCAUGCAGCCUUUUAAAAAAAAAAAAAAACGGGAAAAAAAGGCAAUACUCACGCCACAUCACAAUAUCCGAACUCUAAGACGAUAUCUAGUCUCGUGUCACGAUAUUGAAAAAAAGAAGAAAAUAAUCCAUAUGUUGUCCAGCCCAACUGGGAACACGGGACCGAAAGCCCUCAGGUAGCUGCGGCGUUUCAUAGAAAACACAACGGCGGUACGAUGGAGAAUGUGAACGCGGGGGUGAGAGGAGGAGGGAAUGCACUGCAAGUAGUUCUCCACUGUUUUCAUUUGCCUGUUAAUCUUGAGAACGUGUCGAGUUAUAUUUACUGACCAAGCGCACAUAUUAUUAUUUGUGAGAAUAUUCCGUAGUGUUUUUUUUUUUUUUCUUCUUCUUCUACUUUGGUUGAUGACGUGGUUUGUUGUUGGUUACAGUGUUGUGGUCAAGAGUUACACAAGAGCAGCUCGUUGGUUAGCAUUACGACAGGGUUUACACCCAAACCAUAUUAAUAUAUUGUUUUUUUUUUUUGAGAAAUGAAUUUUGUUUCACAAAAAAAAAAAACUUCAUUAGCUUUGCACUAUGAGAACAAUAGUUUAUUGUUAGUGUAGAAUAUGCAUACAAUGUAUGUACACUUGCAGCACGACAAUGCAUCAGAGGAAUAACGCCGACCCGUCUGAACUGUAUUUCAAUCACAUUAAAAUGCAUUGCAGAAAUAAACAGAUAUUUGUUCCCCAGCACGGCAUCAUCACUGUGUGCCAUGGAACGUUGCCAAUCUUUUAAUAGCAGCGCCACUUUCCGAUGUGACGAGGAAUGAAAUAUUGAAGAUAUUAUGACACAGAAAGACAGACAUGUGACCAAGAGUAGCUUGAAUAAUCACGAUUCGGGGCCCAGAUUAGGAUCAUGUAAGAUUUGUUCAUCUUUGUACUGUUGAUGGUCUGUGUGUGUCUGAUGAAGUCUGGACUGUGUUUGAAGUUAUACUCGCAUCAAUGCAUCAUUGGUGGAAUUGCAAUUAUUAAAAGAGAGCUUGACGUUAAUUAUUUUUAGGCUGACAAUCUCUUCAGUAAAGAUCUCAUUUUGUUUGACUGCUGUCGUCUCAGAAUGCGGUGAUCAUUUAUUGAUGUGAAAAUGCGAGACGUUUAAAUAAAUCACAGGAUCAAAAAUGUCGUUGACCCAUUGAACCAUGCUGGUGUGUGCAUUUCUUUUCCCAGGUUUUGAGAGAUAUUUGUAUUAAAGAUUAACUUCCAAAUUCA